AACAGUAAAGUCAUGCCCUUCGUUCAUUAGUCAAUUCGUUGAAGUCUAUUAGUCUUUCGAAAGAAACGAAAUCAUUCCAUUUCACUAAAUUUGACGUCACCAACUGUCUUCAUACUCCUCAAAACUCCGCCCCGUGUGUUGUGCUGAACCGUUGCCACGGGUUACUCUGGAUACAGAAACAUCUGCUCUUAACUAAUCUACCUUUUGCGUUUCUCUGUGCCAAUUUUAGAUUGAAAACUGCUCACAUGACAUUUUUCUCCAUUUUGCUUUUAUUCUGUGCAAUGGUGGUUAUGAUGAGCAAAGUUUCCGCUAUCGGACGACGAGAGGAAAACGGCAUGCCAUUCGAAACUCGAACUCUUCGCCCAUUUCCCCAAAUGACAGACUCGGAAGAUGACAGCACUAAAACUCAAGUAAUGGUUGUUCUGCUGGUUGGAUUCUGUGUUAGUCUUGCCAUUACUGUCAUCAUCCGAUUCCUUCGAAAGUAUUCUGAACGACAACGUCUCUAUUCGAGCUUCAACUGAUACCAUUAUUCUGACAAAUACUCUUUUGGCACAUCUCUCUUUCUCUCUUUAAUUCGCAGUCUCUCAUACUUUAUAUCCAAUUACAUUUUACUUUUAUUAUGUGCAAUAAAGAAAAUUUGAUU